AUGGCGGCGCCGCUCAAUGUGUUGAUGGUCGGCACAGGGGAGUACACCACCGGGUUCGUCGGUGGUGGUGCCUCGGGAUCAGACAAGAAGGUUGGCGUGGUCGGGCUGACUCUAUUCGACCUCCGGAGGCGAGGCAAGGUGGGCAAUCUGUCGAUGGCGGGUGUCAAUGGGACAAAAUACCCGGCAAUUCGGGAUCAUCUGCACAAGAACAUCACGCUCGCAUACAACAACCUGGACACAUCCUUCACCUCCUUCCCAGCCGACGACGCCAAAGACCCCAAUGCCUACAAGACAGCGAUCGACGCCCUCUCACCAGGCGACGCCAUCACCAUCUUCACGCCAGACACGACACACUACCCAAUCGCGCUGUACGCAAUCGAACGGGGCAUCCACGUGAUGAUCACCAAGCCAGCCGUAAAACUCCUAGAGCACCACCUGGCACUCCUGGACGCCGCGGCCAAGCACGGCGUGUACGUCUACAUCGAGCACCACAAGCGGUUCGACCCAGCCUACUGGGACGCCAAGGCCCGCGCUCUCAAACUCGGCGACUUCAACUACUUCUACAGCUACAUGUCGCAGCCCAAGUUCCAGCUCGAAACCUUUAAAGCCUGGGCAGGCAUCGACUCCGACAUCUCGUACUACCUCAACAGCCACCACGUCGACAUCUGCGACUCUAUGGUCUCCCAGCUGGGGUAUGUCCCCGUCAAAGUAUCCGCCUCGGCUUCCAAGGGUACCGCAGUCGAACUGGGCUGCCAUGAGUCGACCGAAGACACCAUCUCACUCCUAGUGCACUGGGCUAAGCGGGACGACCCAACCAAGCAAGCGACGGGCGUCUACACCGCAUCAUGGACAGCCCCCCAGCGGGCGGGUGUGCACUCCAACCAAUACUUCCACUACCUCGCCCAAGGCGGGGAGAUCACGAUCAACCAGGCAAAACGCGGGUACGACGUGGCAGAGGACGAGGCGGGCCAGCUGGUGUGGUACAACCCGUUCUACAUGCGGUACGCGCCGGACGAGGACGGCAACUUCAACGGGCAGAGCGGGUACGGGUAUGUGUCGUUUGAGAAGUUUGUGGACGGGUGUCGGGCGGUGAAUGCCGGGGAGCUGAAGCCGGCGGACUUGGACGCUAAGGGGUUGCCGACGCUGCGGAACACGAUUGCGACGACGGCGAUUUUGGAGGCCGGGCGGCGGAGUAUUGAUGAGGGGCGGGAGGUGCGGAUUGAGAGUAAGGAUGGGGCGUGGAAGCUGGUUUGA